UUUUAUCAUUCAAUUUUUUAGUCAUGAGAUAAAUUGCCUUCUAAUCAUUGUGACGAUUAAUCUUACUUAUUUAACCCCUCACAGGCGUCACCAAAUAAUGCUCAAGCCUUUUAACCUAACUUCUAAUUUGAUUAUACAUUUUUUAACCGAUACACAUGUCAACCAAAUUUAUACAAGAACUUUUUCGUCUAAAGUUUUGUUAAACGUUUUAUCAUUUCAAAAAUACAAAGAACUUUUUAUUCCCCGCCAUAGUUUUAUAGGAGCUGAAUCAAUCGCACCUUCGAUAAACGGAGAAAAAUUAAAUGACAAAAACGAAAUAAAGGGAACAUCGCUCUCACCAUACGAAAGAGAUAUAUAUGAAGAAUUUAAUCAUGAGCGAGUACUCAUGGAAAAUAAUGAAUCAGGGAAUCCGUUCAAAUUUAGACCUAACAACAAACAGAAAAUAAUGAAUUUUGAUUUAAAUAAGACUAGCACCAAGGUAGAAAUACCCCCAAGUCAAAAAUUUUACCAAAUACACACAGCUAACAAUCAUAUAAAUAACGAAAAUUCUCAUUUGAAAAACCAGAAAUUAACUGGAAGUUCACGCAAAUGGAUGAUAAGACACUUGAAGGACCCCUACGUUAAAAUGGCUUCUGCCAUGAAUUACAGAGCUAGAAGUGCCUUCAAACUCAUUGAAAUCGACAAAAAGUUCGAUAUUUUAACACAAGAUUCGGCGCACAAUCAAUUUAUAUUAGAUUGUGGAGCCGCUCCUGGUGCUUGGAGCCAAGUGCUAGUUGAAGGAAUUAAAGAAACUAGAACCAUAGUUGCCAUCGAUAUCAAUUAUUUUUCUCCUAUCUCGGGUGUCGUAUGUAUGCCAUUCCAAGAUAUCAAUGAUCCUUUCUUAAUACCUAAAAUAUUCAAAAAUAUUGCGAAACAACAUCCUUCUUCGGCUAAGGCAAUCAAUUAUGUUUGUGAUAGCGACGAGAAUCAUUCAACAAUAUUCGAUAUUAUCUUGAGCGACAUGGCACCUAAUGCUUCGGGGAUAAAAUCUUUAGAUCACGAUGUUAUUACCGCCCUUUGCCUAAAAGCGUUUUUAUUAUGUCCCCAAAUUUUAAAACCCGGUGGAGCUUUCGUUUGCAAAAUAUGGGAUGGAUGCAACGCUAAAGAAUUAGUUACCAAAUUAGGUCAAAGUUUCGAAAUUGUCAAAAAGUUUAAACCUGCUUGUUCGAGAGAUGAAUCAUCGGAAACAUUUUUAGUUUGCAAAUCAUUCAAACCUAAUAAAUAAUGAAUGGAACCAUUUUCAAUGAUGCAAUUUAUAUUUUACAUGUGAUAUUUAUUAUAAAUUAUAUUAUGUAAUUAUAAAAAUUUUGAAAUCGUCUUCCAUUUUCCUAAAUUCAUAAAAAUAUAAUAUGAUUUUACCUGCGAAUUAUAUAAUAUAACAUAAUUUUGCAAUUUUAUAUAUGAAAGGCCUUUAUUUGAAUGUUACACUCUUGUCUUAAUUAGUCUGACAAGCAAAAUAACUAAAAGUUUAAAAAAUUAUUACGGGAUUUAAAAUCUCUUAUGGAUUUGUCGAGAUCUGCCUACCCGGUCAGUCCGAAAUCCCUCGGGCCUCGUAAAUUUGAAAUAUAUAUCAGGCUGGGCAAAAAAUUUCAGAAGUCGGACAAUUUGUACAUA